GAAAUAAUGAAGAUGACAGCUUGGGCAUCACGUGCGAUGACUCCCUGGACUAAACCAUUUCAGGCCCCUCCAAAUCACCUGACCAGUCCACUGCGGGAGAAGAGACACUUUUGCCUGGACGCUUGUCCUCCUUCACUUUUCGGUUCACAGAAGGAAAAAACGGAGCAGUUCUCUUGUCUAGGGGUUCUCUCUGUGUCCGCUUACCAGUCAUUUUUAUCACCUCUUUGUGUACCACACCACCGCCAAGAUGCAGGCCCCAGUGGUGGUAAUGAACACCAACGCUGGCGAAAGACAGGUCGGUCGGAGAGCACAGCUGUCGAAUAUUUCAGCUGCUAAAACUGUUGCGGAUAUCAUCCGAUCAUGUCUCGGCCCCAAGGCCAUGUUGAAGAUGCUGCUGGAUCCGAUGGGUGGUAUUGUUCUGACGAAUGAUGGACAUGCUAUUUUGCGAGAAAUCGAGGUGUCGCAUCCCGCUGCGAAGAGUAUGAUCGAGCUUAGUCGCACUCAAGAUGAGGAAGUGGGAGACGGAACCACUACUGUCAUCAUUUUAGCUGGCGAAAUACUCGCCCAGGCUCUUCCCCAACUCGAACGUAACAUUCACCCUGUCGUUAUCAUUUCCGCCUUCAAGCGCGCUCUCGCCGACGCGCUCGCCAUUGUGGAAGAAGUCUCCAUACCGAUUGACGUUGAUGAUGACAAGGCCAUGUAUACCCUUAUCCAGUCCUCCAUUGGCACCAAGUUUGUCUCAAGAUGGUCCGAGCUCAUGUGCAGUUUGGCGUUGAAGGCGGUGCGGACAGUCUCGUACGAUUCUGGUGGCAAGAAGGAGGUCGACAUUAAACGCUAUGCCAGGAUUGAGAAGAUCCCCGGUGGACAGAUCGAGGACAGUGAGGUCAUAGAUGGUGUGAUGAUCAACAAGGAUAUCACACACCCCAAGAUGCGGAGGAGAAUCGAGAACCCUCGGAUUAUCUUGCUCGACUGCCCGUUGGAGUACAAGAAGGGAGAGUCCCAGACAGCCAUUGAGAUUAGCAAGGAAGAGGACUGGAACCGGAUCCUGCAAAUCGAGGAGGAGCAAGUCAAGCAUAUGUGCGAUGCUAUCUUGGCUUUGAAGCCCGACGUUGUCAUUACAGAAAAGGGUGUAUCGGAUCUUGCGCAGCACUUCUUGAUGAAGGCCAACGUCACGGCUAUCCGUCGAGUGAGGAAAACAGACAACAACCGUAUUGCUAGGGCCACUGGCGCGACCAUUGUAAACCGCGUUGAUGACCUCCAAGAGUCAGAUGUCGGAACUCGCUGUGGGCUUUUUGAAAUCGAAAAGAUUGGCGAUGAAUACUUCACAUUCAUUCGGAAAUGCCAGAACCCGAAGGCCUGCACCAUUGUCCUUCGAGGACCAUCAAAGGAUAUCAUCAACGAGAUUGAACGAAACCUGCAGGAUGCCAUGGCGGUUGCCCGAAAUGUGAUCUUCCAUCCUCGACUAUCUCCUGGAGGUGGUGCUACAGAAAUGGCAGUUUCCGUCAAGCUGGGCCAACUGGCCAGGUCUGUCGAGGGAGUUCAACAGUGGCCGUACAAGGCUGUUGCGGAUGCCAUGGAAGUUAUCCCACGGACGUUGGCGCAGAACGCUGGAGCCAGCCCUAUCCGUGUUCUUACUCGCUUGAGGGCUAAGCAUGUUGAAGGUGAUAGCACUUGGGGCUUGGAUGGUGACACUGGAUCCAUAGUUGACAUGAAGGAGUACGGAGUCUGGGAGCCUGAAGCGAUUAAGCUCCAGAGCAUUAAGACAGCGAUCGAGUCCGCAUGUCUCCUCCUUCGUGUUGAUGAUAUUUGCAGUGCCAAAUCCGCACAAGCGGUGGGCGGAAAUGCUGCUGCUGGCGUAGAGUAAUAGAGAAAAAAGGGUAAUAAAGAAGGGAUACAUAAUGUUGCAUGAGUCUUCCUAAAUUUGUAUGAGUAUCCUAGAUUAAAAGUUACAUGGGUAUCGUUUUAUCGUAUGCUUCUGUUCUACCCUUCCAAGUCCCAACAGCAAUGUUCGAUUGAUUAUUCAAUCCUCAUGAAUGAUUACACCAGGAGCUUCCUCUCCAUGAGGUUCCCCGUCUGCAGUGGUCCCUUGUUCCUGAUCCUUCCCUGGACCUGUAUCCUCAUUAACUGAAUCCGGCCCCCUCUUCUGACCCGCUCCAUCCAUCUCCAUAUCCGUAACUCCAUUGCGAUGAUUCUUCUCCUUAGCAGCUUUCCUCUUCUCCCUCCUCUUCCUAUUCUUCUGUGUCUUCUCCUCGUCCUUGCGCUUCGCCUCCUCCCUCUUAGACUCCCACUCCUGAUCUGCCUUCUCCCGAUCUACCUCACUCUGCAUCAAUCGUAAACGCUCAUACUCCCGCCUGCGACUAGCCUUGUAGACGUGAAAUUCACCGGAACCCGCACCGGCCGAGGAACCCUGUACAUUCGCAACAAUAUCUGGCGGAGGAGGAAGGGAGGCACUUGAGCGCUUCUUCGAUGGCUCUGGAAGCUUAACUUCUUUCGAGGGGUCGCGGAAUAGGGAUUGGAUCUGGGAUGCUUGUUCAGCGUGCGGAGUGACUGCUCUGCGUUUGGUGGCGCGUUUGCUUCGUGGAUCUGCGCUGGUAGGGAUGGAUUCGGGGCCUGGUUCGGACAUUUUUGGAGAGCUGAGGAUUAGAAAAUCUUUUUUUUCCCCCUGUCUGUGUUUAUUUGUCUGGUGUAGUUGCGAUAGCUGAUAGGAAUGGAAUGUGAUUUUCAGCUCCAGAUUGCAAUGCGAUGGGUCUGACGUUUUCUUUUUUUUGUAGGUGUCCGCGAAUACUAGCUCCGUGUGGAUGACGUCUUGGUUCUACCUUCUCCCGGACGUUGUCGGAUGGAUUGCGAUCAGCCCAGAGAGCUGAUCGAGAGAGUUGUGCUGGUAGUGUAGACGGACUGGAUCUAGAAGUACCUAGGUAGACUCAGGACGCAGACGCAGACGCAGACGGAAGUACGGAGUCGCGUGUCUCAACGGCGUUGGCGAUGACAAGUUAUUACCUUCGUCUCGGAUAGUUUUCCUGUUUUUCCCUAAGCUCUGAACCACGGUAAAAGCUUCUGGCUUUGCGCAGUUAAAUUUGCG